AUGCUGGUAGCUUUAGAAGCUGGUAAUCUUCUCCGGGCGUUAGUCCUUCUUGCGUCCGUCCCAUUCGUGUAUUUUGUGUACUUGUUCGUUUCAGAAUCCAUUGCCAUUCAAACUUUCAUUUUCAUCGCCUGUUCGGGUUUGAAAAUUCGAGAUAUUGAGCUUGUUUCUAGGUCUGUUUUGCCUAAAUUCUAUGCUGAAGAUGUCCACCCGGAGACUUGGAGAGUGUUCAAUUCUUUUGGCAAGAGAUAUGUAGUUACUGCAAACCCUAGAAUCAUGGUGGAACACUUCGUGAAGAACUUUUUGGGGGCUGAUGAGGUUCUUGGGACAGAAUUGGAAAUAUCAAAAUCUGGACGUGCAACAGGGUUUGUUAAAAAACCUGGUGUUCUUGUUGGUGAACACAAAAAAAUGGCAAUUUUAAAUGAAUUUGGUACUAACGUACCGGAUUUAGGUCUCGGCGAUAGAGACACUGAUCAUGGCUUCAUGUCGAUAUGCAAGGAAGCAUAUAUGGUGCCUAGAACAAGAUGUGAACCCUUAACAAGAAACAAGCUUCUAUCACCAAUAAUUUUCCACGAGGGUCGUCUAGCACAAAGACCUACACCUCUUGUCGCACUAAUGACCUUCUUAUGGAUGCCAAUAGGCAUAAUUCUCUCUUUAAUUAGAAUAUAUCUCAACAUCUACCUACCAGAGAAAGUUGUUCAAUACAAUUAUAAAUUCCUCGGAAUUAAGCUUAUUGUCAAGGGCACCCCUCCGCCGCCGCCUAAGGAUGGCAAAAGCGGCGUCCUCUUCAUCUGCAACCACCGGACCAUCCUCGACCCCGUUGUCCUCGCAGUUGCACUGGGGAGGAAAGUCAGCUGUGUCACUUAUAGCAUAAGUAAAUUCUCAGAAAUGAUUUCACCAAUUAAAGCAGUUGCAUUAUCAAGGGAAAGAGAAAAAGAUGCAGCACAAAUUAAAACCCUACUUCAAGAAGGUGACCUUGUGAUAUGUCCUGAGGGUACUACUUGUAGGGAGCCAUUUCUCUUAAGAUUCAGUGCAUUAUUUGCAGAACUUACAGACAGAAUCGUGCCUGUGGCGAUUAACGUUAAACAAAGCGUGUUUUAUGGAACAUCGGCUCGAGGGCACAAAAUUUUUGAUCCAUAUUUUGUGUACAUGAACCCUAGGCCUGUUUAUGAGAUUACUUUCUUGAAGCAAUUGCCACCUGAACUCACUUGCAAAGGUGGAAAAUCUGCCAUUGAAGUUGCAAAUUACAUUCAAAGGGUGUUGGGUGGGACAUUAGGGUUUGAGUGUACUAAUUUGACUAGGAGGGACAAGUAUAAUAUGAUAGCUGGAACAGAUGGAAGUGUCCAAUCCAAGAAGGAGAAGUCUGAAGAUGAAAAAAAGUAA